CAUCUUUAGAAGGGACGGUUGUAGGUGCAACUGUUGCUUACGGCCAUACCACUCUGAGGGCGCUAGAGAGCGUGAAGGAAGUGAGGUGGCUGCAGUCAGGAGAGGAAGGUUCUCCAUUUUGUUGUUUCUACUUUUGUUUGUUUCCUUUGUUUUUGUGGACUUUUAAGCUAGUUUUUUUUUCUUUUUUCUGUUUGUAAACCACCUAACAGCAGCAUCUUGCUGUCUGGAGGGUGGUUAAACUUUUUUCUUUUUCUUGCUUUUUUAUAAAAUGGACGGAUUAACGGAUAACGACACUGGACUGGCUGGAGGAACACGUAUGGCAAAUGACACCGGACUGGCAGGAGGAACACGCUUGGUUAACGACACUGGACUGGCAGGAGAAAAACGCACUGUAAUGGACAUGGGACUGGCAAGGGGAACACGAACGGCAAACGACACUGGACUGGCACGAGGAACACGAAUGGCAAAUGAUACUGGACUGGACAAACGUUUACGAGCUGGAAAUGGAAAUAAUGAAGUAAGUGGAAAAUUUGUUGAGAGAAAAUAUUUGAAAGAAGCUACAGUGAUUGUCAAUGUGGAAAAUGUGGAUGAAGUGAGAGCGGGGGAUAUUAUUAAAGCAGUUACAGAACAAUGUGGACAUGGAAAAAUCUUAGCGUUAAGACCGAGACAAGGAAAGGAAUUUGAACUUACAAUGGAAAAAGAAGAAAUGUGCGACAACCUAAUGGAUGGACUAAGAAUAAAAGGUAUGGACUGUGAAGUGAAAAGCUUGCAAAACCGUGAUUACGUUGUUUCCUUCAUGCACCUGCCCGUCUACCUGGAUGAUGGAAAAAUUUUAGAGAAAUUGGAGGGAUGGGGAGUUGAUCCCAUAAGUAAAAUUAAAAGGAGAUGCUAUCCGGGCACCGAUAUCGAGGACGGAACAAGGUUCCUUAAAGUCCGUUUCCCCAAGGAGGUGGCAUCCCUGCCUUACAGCACGAGGCUUGAGACAGCCGAGGGGCAGCAGUAUUUCCGGGUGAUGCACAGCCAUCAAGUGAAAACUUGUAGGCUGUGCAUGAGCCCGGACCACCUGAUGAAGGACUGCCCAAAUUUCACGUGCUACAAAUGUGAGGAGAGGGGACAUUUUGCGAGAGAUUGCAACGCUGUUAGGUGCCCGGAGUGUCAAGAGGUUUUAAAUAAAUGUGAAUGCUGGAUGGAGGGAGAGGAAGGAGGAAGGGAAAAACAGGUGGGCGGACAGGUGCAUGAAGGAAACAACGAGGAAGAUGGACAAACUGAUGAAAGACAAGAGGAAGAAGGACAGAGCAACACAGAGGAAGGGGAAAGAGAAAAAGGCAACAGUAACAAUGAUGUACAAACAACAGAGCAGGACACUCAAUGGACGGAAAUGGAAGUAUCGGACAGUUUUAAUGCUUUUAUGGAGGACGUGGAGAGAGAUGAACAUGGAAGGAUGGAUCAAAAUAAAGAAACGGACAGUGAAGGAGAAAUAAAGUUGGACAACAUGGACAAAGACAGAGGGGGGAGAGGACAAAGAAGAAGAAGAACAUUGAAGGUAAAACCAAAUUUGGAAGGUGCAAGGAAAAAAAUAAUGACAGAAAUGAGCAGAUAUGAUGUGUUAAGGGGCUUGGAGGGAGACAAUGGUGAAUAAUGGUUUUUAGGUAUUUAUUUGUAUUUCUUUUAAUGGUCUUGAGUUGUGUUACUUUUAAUGCAAGG